GCAGCGGUUACGUCAUAAAGGUGCGUCGUUACUGUGGCAACGGUUGAGCCUUAUCGUAUGUAGCUAGUUUGUCAACUUUGUGGAGACACAGCGAGAUUAAUGCCGAAAACAAUCUCCGACACGCUAUGGGAGCUGGCUGCAGCCGAGGUCCGAGACAGAGAGCGCGGAGGCGGCGAGGAGGACAGAGGAGAGACGGUCAGCGAGAGGAGUGUGUUCGUGAUUGGGAGCAAGUCUGGGGGUAAGACGUCCAUUCUGCUCAGGUGCCUGGACAGGGAUGAACAAUCCAAACCAACUCUGGCACUGGAGUACACUUUCGGCAGACGGGCUCGAGGACACAGCUCACCUAAAGACAUAGCCCACCUAUGGGAGCUGGCAGGUGGGACCUCGUUGUCAGACCUGGUUCAAAUCCCCAUUACUCCUGUCAGCCUCAGGUCUCUCUCUGUUAUUCUCGUUUUGGACCUUUCUAAACCCAAUGCCCUGUGGGGAACCAUGGAAAAGUUGCUGCAGGCAGCACAAGCUCACUUAGAGAAAGUCUCUGCACAGGCUCAACAAGCAGAGAAAGGCAAAGCUGGAGCCAAACACCAGACACCUGUCCACUCAGCAGCACGUGUCUUACCUAAAGACUAUCCUGACAGAGAGCUGAUCAGCCCCUUUUCUGUUCCUCUGCUCAUCAUUGGCAGCAAAUAUGACCUCUUCCAGGAAUUUGACUCUGAGAAGAGGAAAGUGGUCAGUAAAACACUGCGUUUUGUUGCUCACUACUAUGCAGCCUCUGUUAUUUUCACCAGCAUCAAGUCAGAGAGCCUCAUGUCAAAGACCAAGAGUUUCUUCUCCCACCUGGCUUUUGGCCAGGACAAGGGGAAAACUGUGUCCAGUGACUCCUCCAAGCCUCUCAUCAUUCCAGCAGGUUCUGACUCCUUCAGUCAAAUAGGUACUCCUCCUUCUCCUGAUGUGGAUAUCACUUCGCUUCAUGCAAAAAACCCAAUGGAUCUCUGGAAGAAAGUCUAUGAACGUGUCUUCCCUCAAGAGAGUAUCAGUGAGCAGAGGGAACUCAAGGAUCCAGCCAAAGACCCACAGUACAGCGAGCCUCAGAUUGAUGCCAUGAGAGCCCAGAAAGACCAGGAGUUGGAGCAGUAUAAGAGAAAUGCAGCCAAGUCAUGGAAAGGACUGGAGCUGGACACCUGAGAUUAUCAGCUUUAUGGUCUCUCACACACACACACACACACACACACACACACACACCACAAAUCAAUGUUCAUAUGCAUUUGACAUUAAUUGUUCACUAGUGUGUCAUGGUCGUAUUUGAUUAAAAAAAAGUCAUUCAAAUUGUACAUUAUUAGAGAGAUGUCUUUCUUCAAGGUUUGGAAUGCUAAAAACCUUCUUGUACAGUGCACUGAGGAUAAAAUGUGUAAAAUAAACACUUUUAAAUUGUUA